AUCCGUCGCAAUUCAACAUAUCCUCUAAUCUCAGCAUCACCAAAUAAUCCUUGGAAUGAAAUAAGAGCAUAUUGUAAUCUUGAAAAAAAUAACUAUGAAACACCAGUUGAUAAUUCUAUUUCAAGCAUUGAUAAAAUUUCUUUGACAAGUAAUGAAAAUGAAACAAUGGUUAA